AACAGGAAGUAAACGCACUUUCUCUGAUCCGCUUGUGUCGGAGUUCGAAGAGCGAGCAGAAGUGACACCAAGAGAGAGAAAAGCACGCCGAUGUCUUCAGUAAAUGUAUUCAGCGACUCUUUCUAAUUAAUGGAGUCAGAAUGAAGAUGCCACAAUGAAGGCUGCUAUGGUGAUGAGGAGCCAUUCUUCUCGUGGUUAUCGCCAGUUGUUAUGAAUCCAAGCACCUCCUUUGAGAGCCAGUCUUCUGAUGACCUCCCCGAUGACUGGCUCUUCCUCUCCUCUGAGUCUGCAGGGCCUCAGAACCAAGAAGUGAGGCGGGAUGACCAGGAGGUGGAGGACAGAGGCAAACUUAAAUCCAAGUUGGUCUCAGCAUGGAACAGUGUGAAAUAUGGCUGGUCCUUGAAGCAGAAAUCCAAAUUCAGCAAGAGCUCUCCUGUGUACAUGCUUGGAAAGUCCUAUGAGCUCAAGGAUGAAAGGGAGAAGGACCAUUUCCGUCGCUCCUUUGUAUCUCUCCUUUGGUUGACGUACAGACGGGGUUUCCCUCUGCUGGCGGGCUGCUCUUUGACCACAGAUAGCGGUUGGGGAUGUGUUCUGCGAACCGGCCAGAUGCUGCUGGCACGAGGCCUGGUCCUACACCUGAUGCCACCAGAUUGGACUUGGUCUGUGAGCCACCAUGCGGUCAAAGAUGACAUGGAGCUGCUUCGCCCGGCAGACAGUGCAGAAUAUGGAUCCAAGUUAAACAAAAGGGCAAACAACAGAGGUCGAAAACUGAGCCUGGGUUCCCUCCUGGACAGACCUAUGGAGGCUACACACAGACGCGUGAUAUCCUGGUUUGCAGAUCACCCCUCAGCCCCUCUUGGGAUUCACCAGCUCGUGGAGUUGGGACAAAGCUCAGGGAAGAAGGCUGGGGACUGGUAUGGUCCUUCCAUCGUGGCGCAUAUUCUCCGGAAAGCUGUGGCAGCUUCAGCGGACCUUCCCAGUCUGGUUGUGUAUGUUGCACAAGAUUGCACCAUCUACUUGAAGGAUGUGAGAAGUUUGUGUGAGCGGCCUUCUCCUCAACCCUGGAAGUCUGUCAUCAUCCUGGUUCCCGUCCGACUCGGCGGACACGAUCUCAAUCCCUCCUACAUUAGCUGUGUCAAAAGACUCCUGAUGUUACAAUGCUGUAUUGGAAUCAUUGGCGGCAAACCGAAGCACUCUUUGUUCUUCGUUGGCUUCCAGGAUGACCAUCUGCUGUACCUCGACCCUCACUACUGUCAGCCCACAGUGGAUACAACAAAGAAGAACUUUCCCUUGGAGUCAUUUCACUGUAAAUAUGCAAGGAAGAUGCCUUUCUCUCGCAUGGACCCCAGCUGCACCAUAGGAUUCUAUGCGAAAGGACAAAGGGAGUUUGAAUCAUUGCGCACAGCUGUUCAUGAGGCUCUGACGACAUCUGCAGGGACGUAUCCCAUGUUUAUAUUCUCAGAAGGAGAACAUCAGGAGGAGGUGGCGGGAAGCAGCUCAACAACAAACAACAUCACCUACAUACGGAGGAAGAACGAACUGAAAAGAAUCGACACUGACAACAGCAUGGAUGAGUUUGUUCUAUUAUGAACAUGAAGAUCAAAUGUGCCCUGAGGGGUGUUUAUGAUAAAAGAUAAGUGUGACAUUUACACUGUGUGGCCACUACUGAGUGUAAGAACAACAAAUGUCCUCAAUGUUCACAAGCAAUCAGCUGGAGCAAGUCCUUCAAGGUUUUGUGGAAUGAAGCAGUCAGGUAGCAGUAAUAACACUACUAUAUUUUUAUUGCUGGUUUGUGCACAUUUGUAUUUUUAUUUAUUGUUUUAAUAUCGUUCCAUUGGAGGACUUUGAAGGAUGAUUUUUUUUUCUUUUUGUCUCAAACUAUGUUAAUUCAGCCAGAAAAUGGUCCAAGGGGUGAUUUUACUUUAUAGGUUUAAAUGAAAGAAAAUCAAACAGCACAUUCCUCCUAGAAGCAAAGUUUAAGCAAGUGUUGACACACACAGCCUCUCACUGCUUCAGAUCAUGUGACGGGAUGCGGCACUUUGAAUGGAUUAGAAAAUUGAAUUCCUGGGAACAUGUGACUCAUAAAAGAAAUACUGAAAGAAGUCUUUUCUGGGGAACAAACUUGUAAAGUUAAAAAAAAAAAAGAAAAAUGACAGAACUUACUGAAAUUAUUCUUAAAACCUGGAUUGUUUUUCUAGGCUUUUAUUUAAAUAAAGAGGUUACUGAAUAACAAAAUGA